UUUUUGUUCCUGUUGAACUUCCUACACGCCAAAAAUCGACAACCAUCGACAACAUCGCCCACCAUGCCUUCGACGUAAGCUUUCCCCAAUCCCAUCUCAACGCUGAUAGAUGGGAUUGCAGUUCUAGUCCGCCGUCCUCUCGCUGAGUUACCACGACAUCGAAAGUCAGCUCCAGAGUGACCGAUGUCUGGCAGCCAGCUCGAUAUCUUUCCCGAGCUACCUUCCCUUCGAUCUAGGUGUCAUAACUUGCGUCGCUGGAAAGGUAGCAUGGGGUCUUGAGGUUGAAGAGUUGUUCUUCUCCUUUAAAUUCAUCUGCCGCAAAAAAUAAAGUACUACCAACGCACUGCGCAUGGGCUAGGAAAUUAUCAAGAGCGUGCACUUCUUCCUGGACUGACGUCUGGGGUCUUGUCGGAUGAGACUCUGCCAAUCAUUCGUAUCAUUCUCCCCUCUACUGGGUUCUCGAAUUAUCGAUACCCUUGGGUCAUCUCACCGAUCAAAACCAUACUUUCGAGUUAGCCAUCUGCGAGAAUGUUGCGCUUUAGCUGCAAUUCCCACUCGGCGCUCAUCUUCAUAUCAUACACAAUAUAUGCUGGACCACACGACUAACUGAACUAGAUCCGUCCCUACCGUUGACCAAAUUCUCGUCCCAGAGACUCUCCUGAAGAAGCGCAAGAGCCAGGAGAAGGCCAGAGAGGAGCGAUCCGCCGAGCUUGAGAAGAAGAAGAAGGUUCGUGGAUAUUUUCAUUCAACAACACAAAGAUGGCAUCUCAAAGACUACAUGAUGCAUAACACCAUUUUCGCGGCUAGAUACAAAGUAUCGAUGUUGUCGCCAAUUAACCAUCUUUCGGGUCUGAUCUGUCUUUGAGAAUGUCAUUUGUGUGCUUGAGAUUUAUACCUCUAGCCCAUUACUGACUUGAUUAAAUAGGCGCAAAAGGAGAAGCGUGGUGUUAUCUUCAAGCGUGCCGAGAAGUACGUCAAGGAGUACCGCGACCAAGAGCGUGAGAAGAUCCGCCUUCAACGUCUGGCCAAGCAAGACGGUUCCUUCUACAUCCCAGCCGAGGAAAAGUUGGUCUUCGUUGUCCGUAUCAAGGGGUAAGCAAUCCACGUUGUUAUUUGUCUUUCACUCUCAUUCUAACAUGCCUUUAGUAUCAACAAGAUCGCACCAAAGCCCCGAAAGAUCCUUCAACUCCUCCGUCUUCUCCAAAUCAACAAUGGUGUCUUUGUCCGCAUGACCAAGGCUACCCUCGAGAUGUUGAAGGUUGUCGAGCCAUGGAUCGCUUACGGAUACCCCAACCUCAAGACUGUUCGUGAGCUCAUCUACAAGCGUGGAUACGGAAAGGUCGAGAAGCAACGUAUUGCUCUUACCGACAACGCCAUCAUCGAGAACACCCUUGGCAAAUACGGUAUCGUCUGUAUGGAGGAUUUGAUCCACGAGAUCUUCACCGUGGGACCAAACUUCAAGCAAGCUGCCAACUUCUUGUGGCCUUUCAAGCUCUCCAACCCAACUGCCGGUGGCUUCAAGACCCGCAAGUUCCGUCACUUCGUAGAGGGUGGAGAUCUUGGAAACCGAGAGGACAAGAUCAAUGCCUUGAUCAGAAGAAUGAACUAGGCUAUUGUAAAGUUGAUAUUGAUUGGGCAUGGGUCUGUUUUUUCAUGCUUCAGCUACGGCUAGCAUUGGGGGAAAAUGGCGCAAUAUGAGCAUAAAAUGAAUGAUAUGACGCUGCCCAGAAA